GUUUUAUUAUAUUAUACACGCUGGUUGCUCCAAGAUCUGAAUAUAGAUUUGUGUCUUCCCUUUACGCGCUUUCCUCUAGCCUGCCUAUACAUGUGAGGGGAUAGUACAGUGUGUGUAUUGCGUGCGAAUACAAGUCGCCAAUCCCAGCUGAGCUCUGAUUAUGUCACUUUAUCUGAAUGGCGUGGCACUAGUCAUCGGUGCAGGCAGCGGCAUUGGCCGGGAAUGCGUCCUGGGAUAUGCCGGCGAGGGUGUUCGCAGCAUUGUGCUGGCUGAUAUAGAUUAUGAUGCAGCGUUGGAUGCAGCCCAAGAGAGCGAAACGGUGGCUACAAAUCCGGCCUUUAAAGCGCUUCCUGUGCGUGUCGAUGUAACGGACCCGAAGAGUGUGGACAGUAUGGUCAAAAGAACAGCACGCAUGUUUGGGCGCAUCGAUUAUUGCGUCAAUGGUGCUGGCUGUGAUGUUGUGGUGACGGGAACCUUGAACUGCAUCCAGGCGAUAGUGCCUGUGAUGAGGAAUCAGAGUGUUGGGAUAUACAAGGCCCGGGGGCGAACUCGCGAAACCAGUAGAGGAACGAUCAUCAAUGUGGCAUCUCACAGUCCAUUUGUGCUCACGCCGCAAAUGCCCCAGAAUACCACGACUAAACACGCGGUUUUAGGGUUGACAAAAAAUGCUGCGCUGGAGAAUGCGCCCCAUGGUAUCCGCAUUAAUGCGGUCUGCCCCGGCUGGGUCGAGAGCCCUACACCUGAUUGCAAUGAAAAUGCAAGCCGUCCCCAUAUGGUGGAAACAAUGAUCCCCAUGUCCCGUACAGCAAAACCGGAGGAGAUUGCCGAUGUCGUUCUUUUCUUAAGCAGCCCAAGGUCUAGCUAUGUGACCGGAGCUGCCUGGUUAGUGGAUGGAGGCAUGGCCCUACAGGCGUCCACGGUGAUGAAUGGAGCACCACAACUGGAAACUUCUUGUACGCCAUCUUAGCAUACCUAGGUUAGAG